AUGAGCGACCUGUACCUCGCGUGGCAGCUCACGGCCUUGACCGUCGGUCUGCUGUCCAUGGGCGCCAUGGUCCUCGUCGUAAUCAAGUGCCCGAGCUCGCGGCUGCACCCGGGGCCGGUCCUGCUGACCAUCUUCCUGAGCGCCACCAUUGCGAGCGUCAUGCGCGUCGGCCUGCACGCGUGGCAUCUCGUCUUUGCUGCAGCUGAUACCGUCGACGAGAUGCAACUGCUGCUGCCGGCCACGCUGAGCCGUGUGGCGAACGAAGAGCUCGGCCACGACACGGGACCGCUCGAGCCCUACGUGCCGUUCUUCUUCUGGUGCUACUUCUUCUUCAACACGUCCACGACGCUGUGGUUCCUCAUGCUCGCACUCGACCUCAUCUUCUCGCUCUCGAACCCGUUCUUGCCCUUCAGUGCCGACUACGUCAAGCACCACGUGUACGCGUGGCCGGCGUCCGUGCUCUACUGCUUCGUCUUCCGCUACGUGCUGGGAGCGUUCCACGACACGGCCACGGCCAACGUCGUGCUCUACUUUGACAUGCCCGCGUACCUCGCGCUCGUCUACAUUGGCUUUGGCCUUGUCCAGGCCUGGCGUCGCGCACGGAUCCUCGAGACGCACGCGCAUGCCACAACGAGGCGCAUGGCCCAGCGGAUAUUGCCGUACUUGGGCGUCUUUGCAGUCCACACGACGGUGGCGUUGGUCGUGUACCUCGUGCAGCUCGGCUCGGCCUUUGGCAGACGGAUCCCCAAUACACUCGAUCAGCUCGCGCUCGUGCUCGAGGCCUUGGAAGUGUUUGCGCUCUUCUGCUGGGACGUGGGCGUCCUUCGACCGCCAAUGGAUCACCGAAACGACGGUCUCAGCAGUGCAUCGAGAGUUGCUGGCUCCCACGUUGACGCUGAAGGAGAUGAUGCAGCAGCAGCAGUCGAUCUGACUGCGUCGUCGAGAGGUGCCAUCUUGUCGGUCCCUCUGAGCAACCCGAGCGAAGAGAUUGACGUGUCGAACAAACUCCGCACGGACGUGAUGCGGUACAUGUCGUUGGGCAUCAUGAAGUCGAUUGAGAUGGCGCAGGUGGCUGACAAAGCAGACGCCCACGACUGCAGUGCCAGUGCCGAGCGCACGGGAUCAGUGGACACGGAACAAGCGGUCGGAUUGCAUGCCGACGGUCGCAGUCGCGAGAGCUGCUGCUGCUACUCGAGCAUUGACUUCCACGACUACAACGACGUCAAGAGCAUGGGCGUCGUGGUCUACGGCAUGCAGAACAGCACGAUGCUCAACUUCCGCGACUGUGCGCCCAAAGUCUUCCACCGCAUCCGGGCGCAGUUCGACAUUGACCAGGACUUUUACCGCGAGUCGUUCGAUCCGUCGCGCAUCCUGAGCGAACACGGGUCGGAAGGCAAGAGCGGCAACAUCUUUUACUUCACCGCCAACAAGCAGUUCAUGGUCAAGAGCGUACCGAAAGAAGAGUUUGAUACCCUGCGAGCCAUCUUGCCACACUACCACGAGUACUUGCAGUCGAAUCCGCGCUCGAUGCUGUGUCGCUACUAUGGCUGCCACUCGAUCUCACUGCCGAUCGGCAAACGUCGCAUGUACUUUGUCGUGAUGCACAACUUGUUCAACGAAGGCGCUGUGGACCAGCGGUUUGACCUCAAAGGCAAUCGCGACCGACGUCGAGCAGUGAGCGCUACAGGCAUGGAGCGCCUCAUCCACGCUGCGAAGCACAGGAAGGCCAUUAGUCAGCUCUUGCUGGACAUUGACUUCCUCAAACUCAGCUCGGGCAUGUCGCUUUCGUAUGCCCACACGGCCGCACAGCAAGACCAGCUCUGCAGUGACGUCGUGUUCCUCGCUAGUCGCGGGAUCAUCGACUAUAGCAUCCUCCUCGGGGUCCGGUACAAGCACGACGGCGAGCAAGCGGACAUGUAUCCCAACGGGCUCUUGUCGCAUGACCAGAGAGAGGUCUACUACGUUGGGAUCGUCGACAUGCUGCAGCGCUACAACUGGCGCUGGACCGUCCAGCGCUGGUUCUUGGGCUACUUGUGCUGCAAAGACCUCCACGAUGUCAGUGCCGUGCCUCCCAUUGAGUACGCUGCUCGACUCGCCGAGUUCGUACGUGAAAAGCUGUUUGGCACCCAGGGCAACAACACGAGCAUCUCGAGUUUCAACAGCGCGCAGCUAGAGAGCGACAAUGGAGACGCCAGUGGCCACUUUUCUCGCGGCUCGAGCCAUGUUUCGACUGCCCCUGCGUCGCAGGGGUUUCGGACAAGGAAGCACCGCGAUCGGUGCUCCAUUGACAUGCAGCACUUGUCGGUCUUUUCACUCGGUACGGCAGAAAUGGAGCCGUCGUCGUCUUCAUCGUCCGCGUCGUCGUCUUCUUCGUCGUUUUCUCCGUCGGUCGCGUACUCCUCCGUAUGUGAAAGUCCAGUUGAGGGUCUCGACUCGGCGAAAGCACGCAGCGCUGCGCCGUUCUUCGUCUGA